AUGAGCACAGACAACACCAUCACCAUCACCUCGCCCGACCGCCUUGGUCCACAUGGACGCUACCGCCCCGGCCGCGUCCUCACCCUCUUCAAACAUCGAGCACCCGGGCCAUGGGGUACACACUACAAUGGUGAACCUCCCCGUCGUUACUCCCACGUCGGCCACAACCACCAGCAGCACCCCGGCCCCAAAAGCAGCUCCCUCACCGACCACAUCGCCACCCGCAACUUUAACGAUUUGGAAAACGAAGGGGGACCGCACGUGGUGAUUUGCUACAUGGACAACAAACCCAACAACACGUUCGUCGCGAAGAUAUACGACGGGGUGGAUCGCCCACCCCACGGCAACCCAGGGUGUGAUCUUCGGAUGAAGGGGAAGGCGUGCUACGAGUAUUUGGACUGCAUGGCGAGGGUGGAGCUUGAUUACGCUACCGAGACGCACGCUGUUUUCGUCCUUUUUUUUUUUGGGGAGGGGAAGGGUCUGAAGGUUAUCGUCCCCCAGUUUAAUGGGAGUUUUACUUUUGAGGUGGAGACGCACGUCCCGGAGUGGACGGCGAGGUGGGUGAGGAUGGUGUUGAUGGAUCAUUACAAGGGGGCGGAGACGAUGGAGGAGAAGAUUGGGAGGGCUCGUACCAUUGAUGGGACGGUGGGUCAUGGUAUGCUUCCUGAUGAGAAGACUCGGUUGGAUAUUCUACGGAAGGUGUCGGAGGCGAGUCAUAAAAUGUGGUGGAAUGUUGAGAUUGGGAUCAAUGCUCUUGGCCCGGGCAAGGUGUUGAUUCUGAGUGAUGGGAGUGUCAAGCUGUUUGGCUUUACUCGUGCGUUUGUGUACAGAUGGAUGGACCAGGAUGUUUUUGCUCAUCCUAAUCACCGUGGGGAUAGGGCGAUGAUGGGCCUACCCGCGGAGAGGUUGAAGCCCUGA